GUGGAAUCUGCUCUGCAAAGACAAACACAUGUGAAAUUAUUGAUCAGGUAGGGCAAACAGCUUAUUCUGCCGGCUCCCGCCUAUUGAUCUUGUCGAUGAAAUUGUAAAUGUAAUUUUAAUUUCCUAUGGGUUGUGUGAAUUUAUGGAAACAUGUCAAAGAAACGGGGCAGGAAGCGUAGCAGUGGAGAGCUGAGUGAGAGCUCUGCGUCAACCCUGAGCCCAGACCCUGACAACCUGCUGGGCCGUAGGAUUCAGCACACCUGGAGGGAGAAGGGCAACGUGACCAAGUGGAAAGGCACUGUUCUGGAGCGCCUAACUAUGAACAGCUCCCUCUACAUGGUUAAAUAUGACGGCUUUGAUUGUGUGUACGGCAUAGAGCUCUUCAAAGAUAACCGGGUGUCCAACUUGCAGGUGUUGUCAGAGAAAGUUGUGAACAAUAAGAUCAAGGUGCCUCCCGGGGCGGAGGAGCUGGUGGGCCGAGCUGUGGAGCAUCUGUUCGAAAAGGAAGACGGUGAGAAAAAUGAGUGGCGAGGCAUGGUGCUGUCCCGAGCCCCAAUCAUGACCCACUGGUAUUACAUCACCUACGAGAAGGACCCUGUGCUGUACAUGUACCAGCUGUGGGACGACUAUAAGGACGGAGAUCUGCGUGUCCUGCCUGAAUCAGAGAACAAACACCUGCUGCCAGCAGACAGGAAGCCGGGUGAGGAGCCAGAGAGCCUCGUGGGUAAACAGGUUGAGUACGUUACAGAUAAUGGUCUAAAGAGGACGGGCUUGGUCAUCUACCAGGUCCCAGCUAAGCCCACAGUAUACUACAUCAAAUAUGACGAUGAUGUCCACAUUCACGUCUACGAUCUGGUGAAGACCACCUAGUACUGACUGUCCGGUUUCAUCUUCAACUACUGGCUCAUCUCUGACCUGACUAGUCUUUAUCUGUUUAAGUGUUACAGAUUUCAGCUUAUCUCCAGCGGGAGGCGAUGUGCCGAAGAUCAAAGGCCUCGUCUUUUUUGGGGGGGGGUUGGGUCUUUUUAAUGUUUUUGGCCUCCAGAGGCUUCUUUCAUUCUUGCAUUACAAGACAUGUUGGUUUUUGAUUCUCAAUUUUGUGUUGACCUCGAUGCAUGAGCAUUAGGUCCUUUUCAAUGUAAAUAAAGCAGGUCUGAGACCAGUCGUAAUGCCCAGCAGAAAUGGAGCUAGAGGUUUGUUUUGGUUAAACCACACUUGUAUAGUGCAACUUUAAAUUCAUACUUUUUGUAAGCAACGCAUCAAACUAAAAGAAUUCAGCUUUCUUACCUAUACCUCUGUGUUUUACUCGUAAUUCAUUUCACUUUUAUAUGCCUGUGCUAUUUAUUUCAUUUGGAAUACCUGGCUGCUGGUAACAUUUUGGCAAAACCUGUCUGCUGUGCUCUGUGUGUCUCUGGGUUAGGCCUCAGUUUGUUGGAUAUAGAAAAAGUAUUCAUUCACAGCUCAGAUGAACUCAGAUUUCAGUUGGAGUGUAUAGGCAUUGAUGAGACUUAACUGUCUCGAAUCGUGGAUAAAAAAAAGAUUAUCCUUUAAAAAGUCAUGUAUCAUAUUUCUGUUCUGAUGCAUCAUGUAAACUGCAAGUUUUCUACGUUAUAAUAAUAUAUGAAAAAUACUGAUGUUGAUGUCAAGUUGUUUCAACCGUGUUUGUGCUACACACUAUUUAUGUAGUUCAAAUUGGCAACCAACAUUGUUUAGUAUUUCGGAUUGAAGUCUUUAUUAUUUGCCAAAAAUGAAAAAUGUGACAUGAUAUAUUCAUGCCUCAAAAUACUGUUCAUUGUGACCCUAAAUAUGUUUUGUUCUGUAAAUAUAAUCUGAGACAUUUUUAUGAACAUAAAAAACAAUCUGCUUGAAAAAAAUGUUCUCGUCCAUCCA